UCCUCUCUUGUCUUUGUGUUUGUCUCUAAACUAAGCGGUUCUGUUUGGAGUGCAGAUCAGAGCUGGAACAGAUGGUUUUCAUCCUGCAGAGCAGCGCAGAAGAAGAUCAGGGACCGAGACAAGCUUCAGAUCUCCGUCCUCCGGCCUCAGAGGAUCCGGGCGUCGCUCGCAGGAAGGCGACAUGGACUCCUGCGCGGCAGCAGAGCGCUCCUCCGGCGGCCUCACCAACAGGAGCAGCAGCUUUUUCAAGCUGAUUGACACCUUUGCGCUGGAGAUCGGCGAGCUGAAGAAGGAGAUGGUCCAGGCGGCGCCAGCUUUGGACAAGCAGCCCGUGGCGUUACAAGGGCUGCAGGCCGGUGCGUACCUGCAGCCCCCUCACUGCGGCGUCUCGGUGGGGGAAAAGGAUUCCGGCUAUGACUCCCUGCGGAGAAGGAUGAGCGUGCUGGACCGGCUGACCCAAACCCACCAGGUCUGGCUGCUGCUGGCGGUCAGUGAGGACGAGGCCUCCGGCAUACUGCUCAAACAGCCUCCAGGGGUGUUUCUGGUCAGAAAGUCGGCGGUUCUGCAAAGGAAGGUUCUGUCCGUGCGUUUGGACGAGGGCGGGUCGGAAGCUCCCAUCAGCCACUUCCAUGUCAGGGAGAGUCAGUACUCCUUUUCCAUCGAAGGAUCUGGGAUCAGCUUUGCAGAUCUAUUCCACCUUGUGGCCUUCUACUGCGUCAGCAGAGACAUCCUGCCGUUCACGCUCAAACUUCCUGAGGCCAUUUCAUCAGCAAAGACGCAGAAAGAACUGGAGGACGUGGCUCAGCUCGGCGCAGGCUUCUGGGACUCUGCCCUGUGCAGUCAGCGACGCUCCUCGCCUUCGGUCUGUCGCCGUCUGAGCCGGACGCUCAGCCCGCAGCGGAGCAGACGGACGGCUGAGGUGGAGGAGUCACGGCAGGGACACGCUGGUGCUCACAGCGACAGCGCGCCGCCAACCUUACAGCCCCACACGUCUCCUCCUGCCUUUUUCCAGCACGCCACUCAUCCCGCCGGACCCCUGUGCUUCGUGAACCCCCUGUUCCUGCAAACUCACCCCCGCGGCCACGAGGCCAACCCUCCGACCCGGUCCCAAUCAGAGGCAGCUCCGGAUUCGCAGACGCCGAGCAGCAGCAGCAGCCGGUGCCGUGAGCCGGAGGUGGAUCGGACCAAGCUGAACGGUAAAUCACGCCCCCCACCUCCUCGUCCCCCGCCUCCACGCUCGAUGCCGAGCCGCCGGCCGGCUCCGGCCCCACCCGGGCCUCCGGCGGCCGCUUCCAGAACCAAGAGCAUGCCGACAGCCGUGGCCAGCAGGAAGCCGCAGACCUCGACCAGGCGCCCUGCACCUGCCCCGCCUCCGCUCCCCGCCAAAACCAGCAGCUCGGUCAAAAGCGCCGUGUCACCAAACCGACCGCCUCCUCGACCCAAAAGGCCCGAUCUGGAAGCUCACCGCUGCCACAUCGCUCUGGACGACGAAACCAUCGCCAGGGCUCUGUCCCGCGCCAACCUGCCCUCCUGCCAGCCGCCCCCUGCUGCUGAGGAACCGCCGCAGAACCUCAGCCUGUCCGGUCCUGAUGAGAGGGGGCGGCAGCGGUUCAGCGACAUGAGCAUGUCAACGUCGUCCUCAGACUCCCUGGAGUACUCCAGGUCUCCUGGCUUCUCCCUGGACCUGGCCCCCAGCCCGCCUCAGGACGCGGGCCAGGAGGACAGCACCGAGGACGAUGAGGACGUGGAGGAAGAGGAGGAGGAGGACUACGGCGUCGGGAUGGAAGCCGACCUGGAGUCGCGCCUCGGGCAGGUCCUGAAAGCUCGAAGGCGAAGGGUCGGCGUGAGCCUGGGCGGGGGGUCCUUCAUCCUGCCCCGUUCUCUGAAGGGACGCUUCAGCAAGGUGGGCGGGAUGCUCAGCUCCCUGAUGACGCCGGAGAAGCGGGCCGUGAAACGCAUCACCGAGCUGUCCCGGGACAAGAGCUCGUACUUCGGCUCGCUGGUUCAGGACUACAUCAGCUUUGUUCAGGAGAACCGCAGCUGUCACACGUCCGGCAUGGACUUCCUGCAGACCGUCCGGCAGUUCAUGACACAGAUGAAGGCGUACCUGCGGCAGAGCUCCGAGCUCGACCCCCCCUUAGAGUCCCUCAUCCCCGACGACCAGAUCGACCGGGUUCUGGAGAAGGCCAUGCACAAAUGUGUCCUGAAGCCUUUGAAGAGCGUCAUUGAGGUGAUCCAGCACGAUUUCCAGGUGAACAGCGGAGCUUUGCAGCAGCUCAGGGAGAACCUGGCUCUGGCGAAGACCAAGAAGCCCCAGGAGCUGGGGGUGGAUGGAGCCGUGCCGCCGGACGCCGCGGCCAUUGAGAAAAUCCGCCAGAAGUUCCUGAGCAUGCGGAAGAUGUACUCCCCUGACCAGAAGGUGUCGCUGCUGCUACGGAUUUGCAAACUCAUCUACACCAUCAUGCAGGAUAACUCAGGCAGGAUGUACGGGGCCGAUGACUUCCUGCCCAUGCUGACCUACGUGGUGGCUCAGUGCGACAUGCCGCAGCUGGACAUGGAGGUCCAGUACAUGAUGGAGCUGCUGGACCCGACUCUGCUGCAAGGAGAAGGCGGCUACUACCUGACCAGCGCUUAUGGAGCCAUGGCGCUCAUCAAGAACUUCCAGGAGGAGCAGGCGGCCCAGGUUCUGAGCUCUGAGGCCAGGAACACCCUGCACCAGUGGCACCGCCGGCGCACGGCGCAGCGCUCUGUGCCGUCUGUGGACGACUUUCAGAACUUCCUCCGGGUCGCCCUGCAGGAGGUGGGCUCGGGCGUCACGGCUAAAACCCUGCAGGUGCAGCCGUACACCACGGCGGAGGAGGUCUGCUCCCUCUGCGCCUGCAAGUUCAAGAUCCCCGACCCCGAGAACUACGCCCUGUUCCUGAUCACCGAGGACACGAGCCAGCAGCUGGCCCCGGACACGCACCCCCAGCAGAUCAAAGCGGAGCUGCACAGCCGGCCGCUCGAACACGUCUUCCACUUCGUCUACAGGAGGGUGGCCAACCUGAACCUCUGCAGCCCGGCUGACGUCGACAACGGGAACUGCCUGCAGGUGGAAUAGGGCAGGACUGCCGUUGCGUCUUGUUGGGAUAUUUAGAAAGUUUAUAAAGACAGAUUUGAGGACGUCUGGUGUUUGUUUGGAGGGACUGGUCGAUGCUUUAGGAAGAGGAAUCUAGUUUAGGGUAGAUUGUAGCGCGUGUGUUUGUACGAAGUUUGGAAACGCCGAGGCCUCCUGCUUAAAUUUGGCUUUAACUGCUGUCCUGUCUCAUAUAUGAACCGAACACUGUAUGUUACUGAGAGCGGGCCCCAGGUUAAAACUUUGCUAAAAUCUUUAUUUAAUAAGUGAAGCGGUCUUUUGUAAAAAUGUGUUUUUAUUGCUCCACAGCUGCAGGUCAAUUGUGGAUUAUAUUUCUGUGUAAAAAAAAUAUUUUUAUAUUCCUGUUAAGUGACAAAGAUUCAUAUUCUGAUGUAAUGUUUGUUUACUGGACUUAUUUAUGCCAGUUAUUUCUCAAAUGUUGUUGUGAAACAACAAUAUUUCAGUUGUCUGUAGUGAGAAGCUCAAAUGUGAUUCUGGAAAUUAAAAACUUUCUGAACAAAACAAC